CCCCGGGCCCCCUUUCCCCGCCCGGGCCGCGCCGGUCCCGUCGCUCGAUGGCUGGCACAGCGGGUGACAGAGCCCAGGGCGGCCGGGCGGCACCAUGAGGGGUGCGAGCCAGCAAGGCUGCGCUUGCCACCACUUGUUCCGCAAAGUCCUGGCCAAGUGCAGCUGCUGCCCCUCCCGGGCACGAGAUCCGUACGCCAUAGCAGGGAGCGAUGGCAGCAUCUCUGCCUCGGUGGCCUCGAUCCAGCCACACGCAUCCAGCAGUUCUGCUCCCAGUUCUCCCGGCUCCCGCCAUUCGGUCAGCACCCUCAAGAAAUGGCUGACCAACCCCGUGCGCAAGCUAAGUGCCGGUGGGCUACCUCGGGGCGACCGCCCGCUCAGGAAAACAGAGGGCCGGACGCGGCGGCAUGGGCGUCAGGAAGAUCGGAAGAGCAUUGACUUGGGCUUGCUGGGCCAGGUGGAGGGGCCCUUUGCUGUCCCACGGGAGUCAGUCGGCACGGAUGGUCACUCUCACCUCCCAGACCUUUCUCUGCUCUCCAGCUUACUAGAAGGAGAUGGUGCAGGGAAACCCACUCAGGUCCCUGACCCCUCUCCACUCCCCAGCGACCACCAGACCCCGAAGCCCCCCUCAGAAGCCCCUCUGCAGCCCCUCGCCUCUGAGGAACAGGAAGAGGAGGAGAGGCGCAGUGCCUUAGAAAAGAGUAUGUUUGUUCUCAGGGAGUUGAUUGAGACUGAGAAGAUGUACGUGGAGGACCUGGGCCAGAUUGUGGAGGGCUACAUGGCAACCAUGAAGGCCCGUGGCAUCCCCGAGGGUAUGAAGGGCAAGGACAAGAUAAUCUUCGGGAAUAUCCACCAGAUCUACGACUGGCACAAAGAUUACUUCCUCAAACAGCUGGAGAAGUGCCUGGAGGACCCGGAUCUUCUGGCCGAGCUAUUCAUAAAGCACGAGCGCCGUUUGCACAUGUAUGUUGUUUACUGUCAGAACAAACCCAAAUCUGAGCAUAUUGUUUCCGAGUUCAUCGAUACCUACUUCGAGGAACUGAAGCAGGAACUGGGGCAUCGUCUGCAACUCAAUGACUUGCUCAUCAAGCCAGUACAGCGGAUCAUGAAAUACCAGCUGCUUCUCAAGGAUUUCUUGAAGUACUAUGGUAAAGCCGGCAAGGACACGGGACAGCUGGAGAAAGCUGUGGCAGUGAUGUGCUUCGUUCCCAAACGUUGCAAUGACAUGAUGAACGUGGGUCGUCUUCAGGGCUUUGAGGGAAAACUGACAGCACAGGGGAAGCUGCUGCAGCAGGACACAUUUUGGGUGACGGAGCAGGCAAGCGGGAUCCUGGCACGGGGCCGGGAGCGCCGCAUCUUUUUCUUUGAGCAGAUCAUCAUCCUGAGCGAGACACUGGAGCGGCGGCGGGGUCCAUACGCCCCCCCAACUUACGCCUUCAAGAGCAGCAUCAAGGUAAGCUGUUUGGGCCUGGAGCCUUGUGUGGACAACGAUCCCUGCAAAUUUGCACUGAUCUCUCGGGGUGCAGAACGGGGCGCCAUCCGUUACGUACUGCAGGCAGCAACGCCAGAGAUCGCCCAGGCCUGGGUGGCCGACAUCAACCUCAUCCUGGAGACACAACGUGACUUCCUCAACGCACUGCAGUCGCCCAUAGAGUACCAGCGUCGAGAGAGCAAGACUCACAGCCUUGGAAGGGCAGGAAGCCCCCUCCUGUCCCUGCCUGGUGGAGCUUCCCGGCCUCACUCCUCUGCCUCUGUGGACCAGAGUAAGGGACCCAGCCUUCAAGCCUACAACGCCUCCCUACCUUCCCUUUACCUUCCUGGUCCGCCCCAUGCUGAGCAGCCCCCCUACGUCAAGCCAGCUUGCAGCCAGAGCUCUCCAGGAUCUGGCCCAGUUCACAUACCUUCGGAUGGCUCUGAGUCCCAGCCCCCCAGCAACCCUCAGCAGGAGUCCCUGCACGUGGUCCCGAGUGAUGAUGACGAUGCUCGACUUCUGCUUCCCGACCCCGACUUCCUGGACAUUCGUUUUCCCGAAGGCUCCGCCCAACUUGCCAAGCUCGAUGAGGACGAGCUGUGACUUUGGGACUGUGGGACAACCCCUGCCGGGUUCCAGGGAUUUAGAUUGCAAAGACUGAACCGGCUCUGCCUUCCUCGGUCUCCCUUCUUCCCACUGCCAUUUCUGGGGAGUAGAGAGAGAUCACAGCAGCGGCAGCAGCCCCAGCAGGGGAUCUCUUGCUGCCCUCUGGCCCUGCCCUGUUGGCCUAAGCAUUCCCUCCCUCUAACAAAGUGCAGGGACCCUCACACUGGGACUGGAGAAUGCAGCAGGGGACUCUUCUCUGGACCCCGGACCCCUGUAUAUGCAUGCUGUGGGGUUCUAGGGGACUUCGGGUCAGGGCUUUCGGAGGACGGGGUUGGAUUGUACGAAACAAGAAUUUUAUUUUGUUGGUUGUAAUAAUAAAGAUUUUAGUUAAAACAAACAA